AUGGCAGCUAGGCCAUUCAUGGAUGCACCUGUUUCCGUUACAAAACUGCCACUGGAAUACUGCAGUACAAAGGCAUCAAAUACCGUGCAGCAAGUUCUUCCCCAACUUCCGGCACUCAAUAACACAGCUUUUGCAUUGAGCUUCAAUGUGAAGCUAAGAAGUCUAAACACAGCACAGUUCCGGGCCAGUGUACCUCUUAAAGUUGAUCGACAUCUCUUUUACACAAUCGCGUUGGGAAUUAACCAAUGCACCACUUGCCUCAAUGGAACACAGCUCACUGCUUCUUUAAACAAUAUCACAUUCGUGAUGCCCCAAAUUGGGCUGCUUCAAGCUCAUUAUUUCAACACCAAGGGAUUAUUUACCAUAGAUUUCCCAGACUGCCCUCCAACACCUUUCAAUUACACUGGUGCACCACUCACUGCCAACCUUGGCACUAAACUAGGCACCCGGCUUAGCAAACUUGCCUUCAAUUCAACAGUUGAGUUGGUGCUACAAGACACCAAUCUUCUCACAGUGGAGUCCCAUCCCUUCCACCUUCAUGGUUACAAUUUCUUUGUUGUUAGGACCGGAGUUGGGAACUUCAACCCUAAAAGGACACGGCAAAGUAUAACCUGGUGGAUCCUCCCGAAAGAAACACAAUCGGAGUUCCUACUGGUGGUUGGGCUGCCAUAA